GAUUCAGAGGAAGUGGAUUUUGUUGAAUUCAAUUUAGCUGAGUAUGAUUUAUCGAAAAUAGAUUCAAUAGAGCCUGAUUCGACGGAUUCAGCUUCAGUGGUUGAGAAUUCAGAAGAAAAUGAUCCAGUUGGGUCUGAUUUAGUGGAAGCAAAUUCGUGGAAAGGAGAUUCGGUUGAAUUAGAUUUGAGUGAAUCAGCUUCAUCGGCUGGGAAUUCAGAAGAAUGUGAUUCAGUUGGCUCUGAUUCAGUGGUAGCUAAUUCGUGGAAAGGAGAUUCAGUUGAAUUUGAAUUGGAGGAACCGGCUUCAGGGGUUGGGAAUUCAAUUGAAGCAGAUUCAGGGAAACCCGAUUGCGUGGAAAUGGAUCCAGUUGAAGAA